GGGUGAUAUUGUCGGGCCAAACGUUCACUUAAAGAACCCAAACUUUCUGCACAUGAAGCCAUUGCCAAGAAAGCUAGCAAGACUGCAUAGUGCAUCUCCAGGUACAACUACUUCUUCCUUUAUUUCCAAGAUAAGACAACUUCUGGGUCACAAUCUCAAGCUUCAAAUUUCUUUGCUCUUUUGGAUUUCUCAACCGCUAAUCCAAUUCCUAGUAGUUGAGAUAUGGUCGGAGAGACAAGUGUUUGUCUGCCUGUGCGCGUCGUAUUAAGUUCUUGACAUGGAUUCAAAAGGUGAGAAACUAGCACUAAAUGGGACAACGGCUGGAAAGCCAAUUCGUUGCAGAGCUGCAGUGGUAAGGAAAGCUGGGGAGCCACUGGUGAUAGAGGAGGUGAUUGUGGCUCCUCCCAAAUCCCACGAAGUUCGCGUCAAGAUUAUAUGCACUUCUCUCUGUCAUAGCGAUGUUACCUUCUGGAAACUGCAACAAUAUCCAGGAAUUUUUCCAAGAAUCUUGGGUCAUGAAGCGUUUGGGGUGGUAGAGAGUGUGGGAGAAGAUGUGAAGGAGUUAAUGGAAGGAGAUUCAGUAAUUCCAAUAUUUCUAGCAGACUGUGCAGAAUGUGUGGACUGCAAAUCCAAGAAAAGCAAUCUUUGUACAAAAUUUCCAAUGAGCAUCUCUCCUUUUCUACAUAGAGAUGAAGCAAGCCGGUUUACUGACCUCAAAGGAGAGACUUUACACCAUUUCCUGUUUGUAUCAAGUUUCAGUGAGUACACUGUUAUUGACAUUGCUAAUGUCACAAAAAUUGAUCCUAGCAUCCCAGCAAACCGGGCAUGCCUGCUUAGCUGUGGAGUGUCAACAGGAUUAGGUGCUGCUAUAAGAACAGCAAAUGUGGAACCAGGAUCAACUGUUGUUAUCUUUGGGUUGGGAGCAAUUGGAUUAGCGGUUGCAGAGGGAGCUAGGAUUUGUGGUGCCACAAGAGUUAUAGGCGUUGAUAUAAAUCCAGAUAAAUUCAAAAUUGGUAAAACAUUUGGGGUUACUGAUUUUGUAGAUUCUUCGACUUGUGGGAAUAAACCCAUUAGCCAGGUGAUAUUGGAGAUGACUGAGGGUGGUGCAGACUAUUGCUUUGAAUGUGUGGGCAUGGCAUCAUUAGUCCAGGAAGCAUAUGCCUGCUGCCGAAAGGGUUGGGGGAAGACAGUGGUAGUAGGAGUUGAUAAGCCUGGGGCAGAGUUGUGCUUUAAAUCUUUUGAUGUUCUUCACAGUGGCAAAACCCUCAUGGGGUCUCUUUUUGGUGGUCUCAAACCCAAAUCUGAUAUACCCAUCCUUGCUAAGCGUUACAAAGAUGGGGAGUUACAACUAGAUGCAUUCGUGACUCAUGAGGUGAAUUUUGAAGACAUCAACACAGCUUUUGACUUACUACUCCAAGGGAAAAGCAUAAGGUGUGUCAUCUGGAUGGACAAGUGACCCUUGUUUACAUCUUGCCAUACAUUGCUCUUUGUAUCCUCUUGAUGAAGAAUAUUAUUGCACAAAUAAAUAAAUAAAUAAAUAAAUAAAAUAAGUAAAUAAACAAGUUUUACGUGUGCACUAUAUGCAGUGUUUGUUGCUCCAUGUCUGUAAACAAUCAAAAUAAUAUGUUUUUGGAUACAUUAGGGUGAUCAGGAGCCCAUGGUG